AUGGUCGAAACUCCCGACGACGAGGACGCCAGAAUCGAGCGCAUGGCGUCCAACAACCCUGCCAUGACCAUCCCCACCAGCCAGCUGGUGUCGCGACCAGACUUCAACCGCCUGCGCUCACGGAGCAGCAAUACCCAGACACAGACCCCGAAAACCAUGCGCAGAUCCGAUCCUUCAGGCGACGCCGAGUCCAUCACCACCGUGUCCAAGUCGAUGUCGACGUCGCCCGAGGCUCCGCCCUCUAAGUACGACGUCGGCUGGCGGCGUGUGGUCCGCAACUUCUCGCCCUCGUGGUUCAGUGUGACCAUGGGCACGGGCAUCUGCUCGCUCCUGCUGAUCACCAUUCCCUUCCAGGCACGCUGGCUGUACUGGCUUUCGGUGGCGUUCUUCGUGCUCAACAGCGUCCUCUUCACCCUGGCCUUUCUCGCCUCUCUGCUCCGAUACACGCUGUACCCGGCCAUCUGGUCCGUCAUGAUCGCCGACCCCAACAAUUCGCUGUUCCUAGGCACCAUCCCCAUGGGCUUUGCCACAUUGGUUGAGAGCUGGAUCCUUCUGUGUUGUCCCUACUGGGGCUACUGGAGUGUGUGGGUCGCGUGGAUUGCGUGGAUGGUCGAUUCCGUCGUGGCCGUUGCCGUGACCGUGUCUCUCCCUUUCUUGUUGAUGAGCCAACGCGACUCGCAGGGCCUGGACAGGAUCACGGCGGCGCAACUGUUGCCGAUUGCAAGCACGAUCGUUGCUUCUGGAGCUGGAAGCAAGGUCGCUGAACUACUCAACUCCCCGGACCACGCGCUGGGGACGUUGAUAACUUCUUACGUUAUGUGGGGAAUGGCAACUCCCCUCGCCAUCACCGUGCUGGUAAUGUACUACCAGCGGCUCGUCCUGCACAAACUCCCACCGCGCGAGGUCGUCGUCUCGUCCUUCCUCCCCCUCGGCCCGCUCGGCAUGGGCGGCUACGCGAUCAUGUACCUGGGCAAAGUGUCGCGGGUGGUGUUCCCGCAGGUGGCGCUAUUCCACGACCUCCCCCUCGCGGGCGACGUCGUCUACGUGCUGGGCUUCUUCGUCGCCCUGAUCAUGUGGGGGUUCGGACUGUGCUGGCUCGUCUUCGCCCUCGCGACCAUCUACUCGACGCGCCCGUUCCCCUUCAACAUGGGCUGGUGGGGGUUCACCUUCCCACUGGGCGUCUACGCCAUCUCCACCGUCACCUUUGGCGUCGAGAUGCCCAGCAGGUUCUUCAAGGUCCUGGGAACCGUCUUCGCCGUCGCUGUCAUCCUGCUGUGGUGCGUCGUCGCCGCGGGAACCGCCAGGGGCGCUUGGUCCGGCCACCUGUUCUACGCCCCGUGUUUGAAGAACCUGCCUGCCCCGAGCGCCGACGAGGACGGGAACAGGGACGAGAGGAUGGUGGACACGGAGAAAUCGCCCGGGAAAUGA